UUCCUCACAUCCCAUCUGAUCUCACUAGCUGUAGCGAUUAGCAAAUCCAUCUACAUAUUGCCCAUUGCUCUCUGCUUCUUGCUGCUAAUAAUAGUAGUAGUUGUGUGUUUUUCUUAGACGAUGGCAAUUCUCAAAGCCUGUGCUUUUCUCAUUUUGAGUGCUCUUCUGCUGAUCCACCUCACUGACGCCGCCCAAGUGGUGAGCAAAGGGGUUCCAAGUCCAAGUCCGAGCCCUCUGCCAGCCCCCAAGCCGAUAGAUUGUGGUGCUGCUUGUGGGUAUCGAUGCUCGAAGACAAAGAGGCCUAAUCUUUGCAAGAGGGCUUGCGGGAGCUGCUGUGCCAAGUGCAGCUGCGUCCCUCCUGGAACUUCUGGCAACUACGAAGCCUGUCCCUGCUAUUACAAGCUCACCACAGUCAAUAAAUCCACCGGAAAGGUUGUCCGCAAGUGUCCUUGAGUACUUCUCCGCUCAGGAUUUGCUCUGCAAAACAACAAGUGUGUGUGCACAUAAAGAAAGAAUAAGAGAGAGCCUCUGCUAUAGCGCUCUCAUUAUAUA